AUGUUCUUGGUUCCAUCUCUCCUUCUCCUCUUGAAUGCGGUAAAAAUUUAUUCAGAAACUAUAAUCAAUGAAAAUGUGCAAAAGACCUGCCCUGUGAUUGCCUGUUCUCCAGGCCUGAAUGGCUUCCCAGGCAAAGAUGGACAUGAUGGUGUCAAGGGAGAAAAGGGAGAACCAGGCCAAGGACUCAGAGGCUUGCAGGGCCCUCCUGGAAAGGUGGGGCCUCCAGGGCCUCCAGGGACCCCUGGGUUACCAGGAGCAGUAGGGCUGAAAGGAGAUUCUGGACAAAAAGGAGAAUGUGAUACCUAUUUGGAUAAUUCAGAAAUACAAGCUCUGCGAUCAGAAUUGGACCAUAUCAAAAACUGGCUUUUCUUCUCCUUGGGAAGAAAAGUUGGAAAGAAGUUCUUCUUGAGCAGUGGUGAAAGGAUGAGGUUUCACAGAGUGAAGGCUCUGUGUGCCCAGUUCCAAGCCAAUGUGGCCACCCCCAGGACCGCUGAAGAAAAUAAGGCCAUCAAGCAUGUGGCCAAAGAAGCAGCCUUCCUGGGCAUCACAGAUGAGGAGAAUGAAGGCCAGUUUGUGGAUAUGGUGGGAGCAAGACUGACCUAUGAAAACUGGAACCAGGGUGAACCCAACAAUUCUGGAUCUGGGGAAAAUUGUGUGAUGCUCUUGGCAGACGGCAAGUGGAAUGACAUCCCCUGCUCCGACUCCCAUUUGGCAGUCUGUGAGUUCUCUGACUGA